CGGAGGAAGAUGGCGGCUCGUUGGAGCAGUGAGAAUGUGGUGGUGGAGUUUCGGGAUGCCCAGGCCACCGCCAUGUCCGUGGACUGCCUGGGCUCUCACGCUGUCCUGUCCGGGCGGCGUUUCCUGUACAUGGUGAACCUGGAGGCUCCGUCCGAACCUCCUCGGAAAAUUGGCAGACAGAGUAAGUGGGACGUGGGGACGGUCCAGUGGAACCCGCACAAAUCAGAGUCCCAUGUCUUCGCCGCCUCGAGUAACCAGCGUGUGGAUCUGUACUCGUGGAGGGAGGGCUGUGGAGAAGUUCACACCUCCCUGCAGGGACACACCCGGGUCAUCAGCGAUCUGGACUGGUCCUGGUUUGAGCCGGAGUUCCUGGUCACCAGCUCAGUGGACACCUACAUCUACAUCUGGGACACCAGAGACACUCGGAAACCCACGGUGGCUCUGUCUGCUGUCGCUGGGGCGUCUCAGGUGAAGUGGAACAGGAAGAACCAGUACCUGCUGGCGUCCAGUCACGAUGGAGACGUACGGAUCUGGGAUAAAAGAAAGCCGAACACGGCGGCGGAGUACGUGGCAGCUCACCUGUCGAAGAUCCACGGCCUCGACUGGCACCCAGACAACGAGUUCAUCCUCGCCACGUCGAGCCAGGACAACUCAGUGAGGUUUUGGGAUUACCGACAGCCCAGGAAGUACCUGAACAUCCUGUCCUGUCAGGUGCCGGUGUGGAAGGCCAGGUACACGCCAUUCUCUAACGGUCUGGUCACAGUGAUGGUUCCUCAGCUGAGGAGAGAGAACAGUCUGUUACUGUGGAGCACGCUCGACCUGAACAGCCCCGUUCACGCCUUCGUGGGACAUGACGACGUGGUGCUCGAGUUCCGGUGGAGGCCACAGAAAGAAGGCUCUAAGGAUUACCAGCUGGUCACGUGGUCCAGAGAUCAGACUCUGAGGAUAUGGAGGGUGGAUCCUCAGCUGCAGCAGCUGUGCGUCAGUGACGUGGUGGAAGACCUGAUGGAGGGGAUGUCUCUGACCGUGGAGUCAGAGAAGUCUUUGUCCUCCCAGGAGCCUGAGAGUCACCACAGCGUCGGUCCUGCUGCUGAGAACCUGCAGGAUCAGGAAAACUCUCUGAGCUCCAGAGGCCGUCAGGACUCGGCGGUGUGUUCAGGUCUCCCUCAGACCCUGCAGCAGGAGUUCUCUCUGGUCAACCUGCAGAUCAGAAACGUCAACGUGGAGAUGGACGCAGUGAACCGUAGCUGUGUGGUGUCGGCUCACUUCGGUAGCCAUCAGGUUCAUCUGGUGGUCAAGUUUCCCGCCCAGUAUCCCAACAACGCAGCACCCACCUUCCAGUUUGUCUCCCCGACCACCAUCCCCUCUGCCAUGAAGACCAAGAUCCAGAAGAUCCUGACGGACACGUCUCUUCAGAAGGUGAAGAGGAACCAGAACUGUCUGGAGCCGUGUGUUCGACAGCUGGUGUCCUGUCUGGAGUCUGAUAUGACUCAGGAGGACGGUCCAGCCUCCGGUCCCUUCGUCCUCUCUAACCCCGUCACUCCGGCCCUGCAGGCGUUUCCUCGAGUCACCAACACGUACGGAUCCUAUCAGGACGCCAACAUCCCCUUCCCUCGGACCUCCGGCGCUCGCUUCUGUGGCACCGGCUGCCUGGUUUACUUUACCCGACCAAUCACCAUGCACCGUUCUGCCCCGCCCACCGAGCCCACUCCCAGGUCUCUGUCAGCUCUGUCGGCCUAUCACAGUGGUGUGCUGACGCCUAUGAAGAUGCGUUCAGAGUCCCAGAGCACCCUGCGGCUGUACAGCGGCAGCCCGACCCGCUCCGACAAAGACACUGUGUCCAUCUCCUCCUUUUACUAUAAAGAACGGAAGCUCCCAAUCUCUGCCUCCCGCCGCUGGUCUGUCCAAACCCUCCAUGACUGGCCGAAAUCCCGCCGGUUUAAGACGAAGCGAGAGGGGACAGACUACGGCAACCGUCCCAUCAAACUGGCCGGGAAAGUCAUCAUCCAGGAGAUCUCCUGUCUGCUCCCCGUCCACAAAGCUCUGGGAGAGAGCUACAUUCUGAACGUCAACGACAUCCAGGAAACGUGUCAGAAGAACGCGGCGGCAGCGCUCGCAGUCGGACGCAGAGACGUGGCAAAGGUGUGGGCUUUGGCAUCUGCAGCGACCAGUCAGGACCUGAGUCCAGAUUCAGACCCGGACACAGAGACUCCCUGGGCCAGACACCCGUUUGGACGCCACCUGCUGGAGACUCUUUUGGAUCACUACAGUCAGAUGAGUGACGUCCAGACUCUGGCCAUGCUGUGCAGCGUGUUCAGAGCUCAGGCUCCGCCCCCGGACUCUUACUCCCUGUACGGACACCACCCAUCGCGCUCCUCCAUGUUCCCCCCACACCACUCACGCUAUCCCAGCUACACCUCCAGCUCCGUCACCUCAGGCUCCUGCUCCAGCACCUCGGACUCCAUCACUACAACCACCUGGAACACAGGCCGAGACGCUGAGCACGCCAACCCCUGGGGUGAAUCCUCUCCUGACGACUAUCGCUACGGAAACCAGGGUUACACAGAUCCCCGGGAACGAGAGCGUGAGCAGCACGACAUGAACAAGAGACUGCUGGACCCCGCCAACAUGCUGCAGUUUGAUGACUUUAAGAAGUGUUACGGUGAAAUCCUGUACCGCUGGGGUCUGAGAGAGAAAAGAUCCGACGUGCUCAAGUUCGCCUCCUGUCCUCCUGAACCUCACAAAGGCAUCGAGUUUGGUGUGUACUGCUGUCACUGUCGCAGUCAGGCUCGUGGGACUCAGUGCGCCGUCUGCAAACGUCUGACCUUCCAGUGUGCCAUCUGUCACGUGGCCGUACGAGGCUCCUCCAACUUCUGCCUGAGCUGCGGCCACGGAGGACACACCAGUCACAUGAUGGACUGGUUCCGCCGGCAGGACGAGUGUCCGGCCGGCUGCGGCUGCCACUGUCUGCUGCAGAGCACCUUCUGAUACAACACACACACAAAGCAGCGCAGCUCCUGACAGAGGACGAGGCUGAGCCAACACAUCUGAGCGACGUGUGCUCUGAUGUCUCUGUCUCUGAUGCACAGGACGCCCCGAUCCUGUAUCCAGGACUUCUCCAGGACCUAGAGAGAGUGACGGCUGUCUGUCCAACACUGUCCCAGAGUCAGAUAUCUCAUCAGCUGCUGGAGAGAAGUGAAGUUUACUGUGGACGUUCAUGGUCCCCAGAGGACGCUGCACUCUGUGUCUUCACACCAAACCUGAAUCUCACAGACAAAACGAAGCACUGUGCACACAGAUGAACAGACCAUAGCAACCUACAGCUAACACGCGUUAAACAUCAAACAACAACAGUGUAAACUUUGAUCUCAGUCUAAAAUCAAAAGCAGAGCAUCUGAUUCAGACUGUGCAGGUUAAACAUGCAGCUCAGUUUCACAUCAGUCUCAUUCAGCACAGGCUGGUUUGGAUCUUGGACGGAGACAUGUGGACAGACUGUCUGUUGUCCAGUGAUGUGUCAUCUCCAACAUCCCAACAUGUUGGUCUGUUCGUUUGUGCACAGAAAUUAUUAUGUGACACUUCUUUAACUGCGAAGCCUCAAAAUGGCAAGAAUUAAAUCUGAAGGUGGGAGUUGGACAAACAGCAGCAGCAUCAGAUAAAACGUGGAAUUUCUUUAACCUUAAUAAAGUGACAGGUAUGUAAUGCAGUUUGAUCUGAUGUGGAAAAUACUGCAGCCUGAAAACUGGAAGUGGUUUGGAGCCGUGAACCAUUUCAUCUGUGGUUUUCUCCAUGAAAGCCGGCAGGCUGGAAACUGUCCGUCAGUCCUGUCGUCCAGGUGCAGCACUGCACUAACCUGUCACCUGUCAGUCACCUGAAAGAGUGGACCUGAGUGAGGGGCAGGUAACCAACGCGCUGGAACACCUCCCACCUGACGGCUCUUCUGGAGCCGUCACUCACAUUCACUGUGGCCUUACACGACUCUGCUGGAUCCAGACUGAACACGUUAAUGUGACUGAACCUGAGUGUGAACAGCUCCCGUUUGUACCGUGUGUAAAACUAACAAGAAUAAAAUGUUUGAACUCA